UGGAGUCUCCACCCCCUCGAGUGGAGUUUUAAGUAGGACAGGAGCUGUUCAGCGAGAUCAGAGUAGAGACGCAGAAAGCACAAAACCAGUGGUCUGGAAAGGAACUCAUCAGCAGAAUAGAGAAGAGAAAAAGCAAAAAGAUAACUUGAGAUUUGGAGGCAACGUGGAAAACCACUCAGAAUGGAAGGCAAACUUGCAUGUCUCCUCCUCCUGGUGGGAGGAAUCAUGAUUGCUCAAUGCCAGGGCUUACGCAUGCGUUUCAAAAGGGGAGCCAGAUCUAGAGCCAUUUGCACAGACAAUUCAUCUGGAGAAAUUUACCAGCACAGGGGGACCUGGCUGAGGCUCUCAGGGAGCAGAAUAGAAUACUGUAGGUGCGACAGUGGUUGGAGUCUCUGCCACACUGUGCCUAUCAGAGCCUGCACUAGAAAUAAAUGCUACAACGGGGGCCAAUGUUCACAGGCGUAUUAUUCCCCACAGCUAUUCAUCUGCCAGUGCCACCAAGGCUUCUCUGGGAAGCAGUGUGAAAUAGAUACUGAAGCUAAGUGCUACAAAGAUACUGGAGUAACAUAUAGGGGUAUGUGGAGCCUGACAGAGAGUGGAACUGAAUGUUCAAAUUGGAAUAGUAAUGGCUUAAUGGACAGGAGGUACAGUGGCCGAAGAGAGGAUGCUGCUGAGCUGGGCUUGGGCAAUCACAACUAUUGCAGAAACCCAGAUGAAGAUUCCAGACCUUGGUGCUAUAUCUAUAAAGGGGGAAAGUACAUCUGGGAACACUGCAGUGUGCCCUCCUGCUCAAAAGUUGGGAAUGCCAACUGCAAGUCUGGAAGAGGCACGGAUUACCGAGGCAGCCACAGCAUGACCAGUUCUGGAGCUACCUGCCUGAGGUGGAAUUCUCGAAUUCUUGUCAACAAGUUAUAUACUGCUUGGAGAAGAGAUGCUUACCAGCUGGGCCUUGGUAGUCAUAAUUUCUGCCGGAACCCUGACAAUGACAGCAAGCCCUGGUGCCAUGUACUGAAAGGAAACCGGCUCACAUGGGAGUACUGCAAUGUACCUACUUGCUCCACCUGUGGCCUACGGCAGCGCAGGGGACGCCAGUACAGGAUUAAAGGUGGCUCCUCUGCAGACAUUGCAGCUCACCCGUGGCAAGCUGCCAUCUUCGCCAAGUAUCGCAGAGCUCCUGGAGAGCACUUCCUCUGCGGAGGAGUUCUGAUCAGUUCCUGCUGGGUUUUGUCAGCUGCUCACUGUUUUGAGGAAGGCUUUAGUACAGAUCAGCUGAAGAUUGUGCUGGGUAGGACUUCCCGAGCAACUUCUGAAGAAAAUGAACAAAAGUUUCAAGUGAAGAACUACAUUGUGCAUCAGAGAUUUGACUCAGAAAAUUUCAACAAUGAUAUUGCUCUGUUGCAGUUGAACUCAGAUGCAGAAGACUGUGCUAUUGAAACAGACACUGUCCGUGCUGCCUGCCUCCCACCUCCAGAACUGCAGCUGCCUGACUGGACUGAAUGUGAGAUCUCUGGUUAUGGCAAAAACGAAGAAUUUUCUCCAUUCUAUUCAGAGCACCUGAAGGAAGGCCACGUCAGGCUGUUUCCAGCCAGUCGGUGCACAGCACAGCAUCUGGACAACCGGACGGUUACGGGCAAUAUGUUAUGUGCAGGAGACACGAGACACCUUGAUGAUGCCUGCAAGGGUGACUCUGGAGGGCCUCUGGUCUGUAUGAAGGAUGAUCGUAUGUAUCUAAUUGGAAUCAUCAGCUGGGGAAUAGGCUGUGGCCGCAAAGACAUACCUGGUGUUUAUACAAAUGUUAUUCGUUACCUUGACUGGAUUCAGGACAACACGAAACCCUGAGAAAGAAACAUGAACUAUCCACAGACUUGUGGCCAUGCUUUGCAGCUUCCUUCCAGGUGCUUGAAGGAUGCUGACAGGGCUUCCUGUUUGUCCAGAUGCCUAUGACUUUCAGUGCAAGAGGAAGGCAAACUGCAAUGUGUGGGAAGGGCAAUUCUCAAAUUACUCUCUUUUCCUCAUUACAGAUUAUUGGAAGCUAACACUUCUGUCCCCCCCACAUCACCAAGCUUUCUCCUUGCAUCAAACCACAUGAGUACCACUAAAAAUAAAUGUUGGCCUCAGAGAACAAACCAAGAGAGAACAUUAUGCAUCCCAUAGACAGCUAUAUUGUUUUGGGUAUGGGUGUGAACUGAAGGCAAAGAGGGCAGAUUUAAUAUCCUGAAAACUUUACCUCCCCCCUUCUUCAGUUUGGAACUGAUUAAGUAACCGAGUCUGAGCUUAAACUCUCUGAGCAAAUACAGGAUAGCAAGCUUAUCAGGACAUUCUUCCACUUGCUUUUCCUCCUGGUAGGAACUAAGUAUUUAAAUAAAUAUGGAAUUGGUAAAAACCUUAACACCAGCCUUAUGUGCCACAGAAUCAACACAUUAUUUUUUUACUAUUACACUUCUAUGCAUUAUGUGAUAUAAAGGCAAAAGCUUUCUCAUUAGCACAGCAGAGCAGAACAAAGGACAGUUUUAGGUGCCUGCUGGAUUUACAUCCACAAGUAAAGAUGAAGUCAAAUGUCACAUGGCUGCAUUUGUCCUUUAACAGGACAGGAAUAACCAGGUCACUGUGAACUACCAUCUCGGUAAGUGUUACUUCCUUGCAUUGCAGGUGCCAGGUGACACUGAGUGGUACCUAUGCAUGUCCAAGAGUUAAGCCUCUUCUGGUCCAAUUGUUUUAUGAAGUAAGAGAAAGCAGGUGACUACUGUUUACAAAAGAAAAUAAUUAUAUUGAGGCUACAAAAGGAGUUUAGCUUUAGUACCAAUUGGGCACUGUAGCUAGAAAACUUGUCUGUUGUAUUUGGAAAAUACAUUAUAACUCAAAACAUUUACUCUCUUGAGUUUUAAGAAGCCCUCUGAUUAUAUACUAGCACAGCCUCUAGUCAAAUAAAGAAGCUUAAGUACAGAAGAGAGAUUUGGUAAAGACACUCAUUACUUCCUCAAAUGGGUUUUGUAAAUGUCAACUUUACAAAUGGUCCAUGUCUUCCUAGCUGCCAGAUUAGAAACUGACUUCUAAGAGCUCUUCUCUAAUGUCUUUAGAUAAACAAUGGUGUAACUCCAGUUAGCUUCAGUGAUGAGUCCCAUAUUCUAGCCAGUGGAAAGGGAAAAAAACCCCAUGUUUAUUAAAAAAAGAGUCACACUUCAGGGCUUUUUUUAAUGUGAUAUUUUGUUAAUUGUAUUUUAUGAAGUAUUAACCUUGAGAAAAAGACAAACUAGUUGCCAUUCCUCUCCUCUAAACCCAUUCCCAAGUGCUGCUGUGCCUUGCUCUCCUGGCAUUCAGGAGCCUGCUGAAUAUUUUCAGCCUGUAAAAAACCCAGAACUGUUCCAAUAACACAGGUAAGUGUCCUGAGGAAUGCAAUUUUAAUUCCACAAUUCAGUUAAUUAAGUACAUUCUUUGAGCUCGAUGUCAUCUAACAGCCACCAAUAAAAUGCAACUAAAUUACACCUGAUACCAAUAUAUUUUAGAAAAAUACAUCCUACAAAAAUGUGAGAACAGUUUUACAUCACGGCCCUAACUAGAUCCUUGAAA